UUUUUAAACCAAUGAAACUAUUCUUUCACGUGGCUUAUGACGCUUGAGCGGGACGCUUGAUUUCGCAUUCUACCAGCGCGAGCCAGCAGGAACGCUGCACAGAUUUGAAUCUAUUAAAUCUAAAGACUACCUGGUGCACAGAAAAUGCCUCUUCAAGAUGACCGCAUUAAGAAUUACAAGAACAAAGGCAGAGAUGCAGACGAGAUGCGCCGCAGACGCAAUGAGACCUCCGUUGAACUAAGAAAAGCUAAGAAAGAAGAAAACCUUCUGAAAAGGAGAAAUGUUGGCGGUACUGUAUCAGACAGCGAUGACCCUACAAGUCCUUUGAAAGAAGUUGGUAAUAAGUUGAUGCCUAUUGAGGAGAUUGUCAGCGGCAUACAGGGGCAUGAUCCAGUGAAGCAGCAUGCUGCCACUCAAGCAUGUCGCAAGAUGCUGUCUAGAGAAUGCAAUCCUCCCAUCAAUAACGUUAUCAAGACUGGAGUUGUUCCUCGCAUGGUGACCUUCCUUGAUCAAGAAGAUCGGCCAGAUCUUCAGUUUGAGGCUGCUUGGGCACUAACUAACAUUGCUUCAGGGACAAGUGACCAGACAAAGAUGGUGGUCAAUGCAGGAGCUGUGCCAGCUUUCAUCCGUCUGCUGAGCUCCACAAACAUGGCUGUUUGUGAACAGGCUGUGUGGGCUCUUGGAAACAUUGCUGGUGAUGGACCUCAGCUGCGGGAUUUGGUGACAAAUGCAGGCAUUGUUGAGCCACUUCUUAGGCUUGUUGACAAUAAUGUGCCGGCUGGUUUCCUUCGCAAUGUAACCUGGGCCAUUUCUAACCUCUGUCGCAACAAAGACCCUCCACCAAAGUUUGAAGUUGUCUGUGUGUGUUUACCUGCCUUGCACAUGCUUUUGCAUCACACAGACCGUGAAGUGCUGGCUGAUGCUUGCUGGGCAAUAUCCUACUUGACUGAUGGGCCCAAUGACAAAAUACAAAAGGUCAUUGAUGCGGGAGUAAUUCCCCGGUUGGUUGAACUGCUUGGCAGUUCGGAGCCUGCUGUACUGACACCAGCACUUCGUGCCAUUGGCAACAUUGUAACAGGUGAUGACAAACAGACCCAAGCAGUGCUAGAUGCUGGAGCUCUGCGCGCCUUUCCUGCCCUCCUCAGUCACUCCAAAGGCAAUUUGCAGAAAGAGGCUGCUUGGAUGUUGUCAAAUGUGACAGCUGGAAGUCGUGAGCAAAUUCAGGCAGUUGUGGAUAUGGGUCUUGUGCCUCAUCUCAUUGAGCUAAUGCGAACUGGAGAAUUUAAGACCCAAAAAGAAGCAGCUUGGGCCAUUACAAACCUAACGUCAGGAGGAAGUGUGAUCCAGGUAUCUCACUGUUUAGAGAAUGGUUGCCUUGAGCCAUUGUGCAACUUGCUGUCAGCCAAGGAUACAAAGGUCAUUCUGGUCAUUCUGGAUGCCUUGAACAACAUUCUUGGUAUGGCUGAGCAUAUUGGGCAGCUUGAGCAGGUGUGCCUCAUGUUGGAAGAGAUUGGUGCUGUAGAUAGAAUAGAACAACUACAGGGCCAUGAAAAUGAGAGUGUAUAUAGAUCCUCACUGAAUCUUAUUGACAAAUACUUCUCUUCUGAGGAAGAAGACUCCAGCAUAGCUGCCACAGCUGGUGAUGGUCAGUAUCAGUUUGGCACUCAGGAAAGUGUCCCAGCCCAGGGAUUCAACUUCUGAUACUAUUUUGGUGUUGUGUAAUCCUGUUUGCUGAUGAGCCAAACUCAAUGCUAGAGCUCAAAAUGUCUGACUUGGUGACGUUAUUUUCUGUGAUGCCGUCUUGGUAGAUUGUACAAAGUGUACAUUGAAUAGAUAAUUCAUUCAAAGUGACAUUGUUCCACUACCUGCAUUUUGAAUACUUAUUUACAUUUCUUGUACUGCGCGGUGCUAAUUGUGGAAUUCUUACACUGCACACACAACAUACACACGUACAAAAUGCAAACAUUGAAGCAUGAUUUUACUACCUUUGACACAUUUAUGACCUUGUUAUAUCAACUUUUUUGAUACUUUCUUUUUGCUGUCUUUCUUUCCUUCAAAAAAGUGCAAUUAAAGUACAGUUUUCAAUAAAGCUUUUCUUGUACUGCUAAAAAGUCAAUAAGCAAGUCUUUGUUACUUCAAAUGGCAUGUUUGUGCUUCAGAUAAGCAACAUUCUUCAAUAAAACUUAAUAAAUCUUAAAAUCUAAUAUACUUUAAAACAGGAUAUGAAUGCCAGUUUCAUGACCACAUCACUGCCAAAUUACAUGAUGGGCUGGUUGGUUUGGUGAGAUGGGCUCACCUGGAGCUGUUUUUGCUCCAGUCUUAGCACUUUAACUUAGAAAAAUACCUAUAAAUUUCUGUUGUUACUUGUGAAAGUGUUUAGAUAAUGUACCUGAAACAUCAAAUGCACACAAAAUUGCAAUUGACGUAAUGCUUACAAAUAGGAAAAUAAUGUGGAGCAAUUCCACUGGAUCAAAUAAUAGCUAAUCUUUAAAGUCAUGGUCAAUGCUAUCCCAGCAAGAGGGAAAAUGUGGAAGCAACAUCAGGUGUGUAUAACCAGAAAAAACACCAUGAAAAUACGAGUAUAAGUUCAUCAAACUGCAUAAAUGUAACUAGUUGCAGCAUGUAAAAUGUACUUUUUGGUGAUGUUUGAAUAAAAUGUUUGAUUUACUAA